GGUUGUUGUCAAAAACAAUCAGAAUGUUUCACCAUGCAAUUAGAGGCUAACGACGAUUGAAGAAAGGGACCUUUAAAUUGUUUUUGGAGGACCUACAGCCUAUAGUCAUCAGAGAAAUGAAAUAUAGAAAGUAAUUUAGAUUAAGAAGUGACUCGGUGCUCAGAGGAUGGACGAACAUGGAGAUGUAGUGCAAAUGCUGCAGCCAGUUUUUGAUUCGUGUGAUUUUAAUGGCGAUGGCUUUGUGAAAAUAGAGGACUUAUUACAACUUGGAAAACAACAUGCUUUCGAGAAUAUAGACGAACUUGAACCUCUGUUAAAACAGCUAGAUCCAAAUGGGGAUGGAAAAAUAACUUUUCAAGACUUCUGUCAAAGGGUGAAGGAAAUCACAAUUGGUGAGAAUGAGCAUCCACCAGACUCGCCUAUUUUGGUUGAACAACGAGCCAGAUCAUAUACAGACAGUGAAGGAUUUUUUGAUGAUCCGGAUAGUCCAACCCAUAGCACAGCGUCGACUAACGAUUACUAUGGUGAUUUGGAUGAUUUGAUGAGCCCAUCUCGAGACCUUGUCAAUCACAACAACAACAACACUGAAGUCCGAUCAAAAGGAAAAGACUAUUUGUCGAUAUACUCUACAUAUCCUCUCCAUGGAAUGCAUAAGCGUAAAAAUAAGCACAGAUCGAUAUUUCAAAACAAUCAUUUACUUGGAAGUACGAGUGAACAUCAAUCGAAAGAAGAAGGUUUUGAAGGAGUGGGUCAAGCAAGUGAUGCGGAUGAAACAAUGUCAGUCCACUCAGACUACUCAACACCCGAAAGAAGUCAUUCAUACUACCACCGGCGUGUUUCGGGAUCAGCAGUUGCGCGACGCCUUCGAAUGGUACAGUCAGCUCAUUGCAGCCUUCAAAACAGUACAGAAGAACUUCGUCUGCCAAUUCAUCUUGAUAACUCACCUCAUUCGGACAGUGAGUGUAGCAUGAUAGCGUUAGCAAGCCAGAUAGAAGCACUGUCCAGCCAAGUGUCGAGUCUUCAAAUCGACCAGGAAAACCACCGUGAAAAGCAAAUGCGAUCGAAAAGUGACAACCGAAAAUUAGUGGAAAGAAUAACAAUAUUAGAAGAGCAGCUUCAUGAGGCUCGAACUGAGACUAAUCAAAAAGUAGAAGAAGUCAACCAGAAGUACACCUCUGCAUUGGCACGGGUUCAGAGGGAUCAUGAAAAGAAUUUAGAACAGAUACAUUCUGAUCUAAGAACUGCACAAACCAAGAUCGCGGAAUUGAAUGCAACAGAACCAAUGUUAAGAAAAGAGCUUGAGAUAUGUUUAGAGGACCGUCGCUUCGCCCAACUAAAAAUUGAUGAAUUGAACGACUUGUUAUCUGAAAGAGAUCGAAUGCUGGAAGAUUUGCGACACAGAAUAAGACUAAAAAAUGAAGAACUGGAAAGGCUUAGGAAUGAUAAACUACAGGAAAUAGCCGCGUUGACGGAUGAACUAGAAUCACUGCGUUAUCAGCAGAGAGAUUUCAGCCUCCAGUAUGACGAGAAAAACGAAUUGCUCAAAGAAAUCGGUCGACUUAAAAUGGAAAACGAUAAAUUGAAGAAUUCAAAAGACGACCUACGAGAUCAGUUGUUGCAGCACAAAACAUUCUUCGAUCAACAGAAACAAACCUCAUUGGCAGAUGAGCUCCUCUCCGCUGAUAAAGAUGAAGUUUUGAAAGUUUUAAAAAAACAAGAAACAGCUAAUCAUCGGAUGCAGCAGUACAUUGACAUGCUACUCAUGUUGAUUAUGGAAAGCAACCCCGAGCUGCUGGAAAAGAUGUGAAUAGUAUCUGUGAUUAAGUUAGUUUCUGAAUCUUUCAUUCAUUUAAUUUAUUUCUAUCCGUGCACUUUUUCACAAGAAUAUAUCAAAAAGACAAAGUUAUGGCUGUAUGAUAUUUUUAAUCAGGGUAUCUUAAAGAAAAAUCGAAUUCGAUUGAAUCAUUUUAAUUUGGCAAUAUCUGAGUAGAUCAUUUGUAGUGAGGUUAGUGCCAAAGUUGUUUUUGGUUUUAGAGAUUGGUUUAUAGGAAGCCCUUUUAGAAUUAGAUUCCGUGACCUCAAUCGCAAAUGACCUGGUAAGCCUAAAUAUUUUUCAGUGACCUAAGUUAACGAAGGCUAAGACUGGCUAUUCCAAGAGAGGCUAAAAGAGUAGCUAAACGAAUUGACAGUAGCCAUUAUUUGUUAUGUCGCAAAUUACUAGGUGUUCUUAUAUUAUCUGCGUUCACCGGUUGAUUCGUAGAAUUUUAUCUAGGCCUUGUAUUUUCAUUCAACCCCAAACCCAAUCCCGCAGGAUAGAGAUCAUAAAGGUUUUGUAAACAGUCAGUUCAAGAACUUGUAAAUUUAUCUGUAGUGUUGGUAUGUAUAUUUUGUCUCCAAUGAUAGUUUUGCUUUAGAUUGAAGUUGUGGAUUUUAGAGGAGUUUUUCGUAUUUCAAAUUGGGAUUUUAUUAGAUUUAAGGUUUGAUCAUGUAUAAGCGCUCUAUUACGUCAUUGUGUAUUUUAAAAAUCAAUCUUUUCGUGAAUGCCAUUUUAAAUAACAAACAGCGUUUUAUACAGCAAUUAGUUGAUUCCCUUUUCCAGCUGCGGCCUUGAGGCCCUGGAGCUCUAUCUUUCGACCAAGGAUCAUUUCUCCAAUUUAUUUACCAUUUCUUCCUUUUGCAGUGGUCUACGGAAGAUAUGUUACAAAAAUCUCGUUGUGUGUAACUGAGAAUAUAUCCCCCUUCGUGUUUAUCACGGUGAUCUUGCUCGAUACUGCAGCUUCAUUUGCAUUUUUGCAAUGACUAUCUACAAAAUUGAAUUUUUGUAUUGCUAACCAAUUGUGCUUGUAUUUUAAAUCAGCCGUCCCAUUGAGCGAUCAUUUUCGUGAUGAGGAAGCAAACUUAAUAAAUCCAGAACAUAUACCGAACAUCAUAAUUAUACACAUGCUAAGCAAAUUAUCAACGUAAUUUAGUGUGUUUUAGUAUGGCAUUCGCGAUUAGAGUUCUUAGUAAUGGUUUUGGUUGGUAAUAAACGACUAGGUUUAAUUUAAAUCCGCUCGGUUGGUUAAGUUAACAAAGAAUUGCUGUCUAAA